AUGAGUCCUCGCAAGCACAGCAGGCCCCUGAGAAUAGCCUUCUGCCACCCAGAUCUGGGGCUCGGAGGGGCUGAGAGGCUGAUCGUCGAUGCGGCGCAAGAGCUGGCCGCCAGAGGGCACAAGGUAGAGAUCAGUACUGCCUACUACGACCCAGCCCGCAGCUUCGAGGAGACCAGGUCUGGCGCAUUUGCCAUCAAGGUCAGGGGCGGCUGGUUUCCCAGGAGCCUGGGCGGCCGCGCCAUUGCGUUGUGCGCCUACAUAAGAGCGGCCUCCCGGCCAGACGUCGUGAUCGUGGACCAGGUGUCCGUGGCGAUCCCUCUCCUGUGCUGGCUCCUGCGCCGCCCCGUCCUUUUCUACUGCCACUUCCCCGAUCUGCUCCUGGCCGCUCCAACCACCCGUCUGCACCGCUUCUAUCGGGCCCCCCUGGACUGGCUGGAGCAGGCGACCACAGGCACUGCCGACCUGGUCGUGGUGAACAGCAGAUUCACCCAAGGCAUCUUUGCGCGCACCUUCAGGCGGCUGCACGGGCGAGGCCUCGUCCCCGACGUGCUCUACCCCGCGGUGGUGGUACCAUCUGAUGCGCAGCUGGCGGCGGCGCGGGCGGGGUGCAAGCGGACGCUGCCCCCCGACCUGGCCCGCUUCAUCGAGUCCAGGGACGCUGUCUUCCUGUCCAUCAACCGCUUCGAGCGAAAAAAGAACGUGGGCCUGGCCAUCCGCGCCCUGGCGGCGGCUCAGGCCCAGGCUUCGCAUCAAGGAGCUUCGGCUGCGAAUCCCUUGCUGGGUUUGGUUAUCGCGGGAGGCCACGACGCGCGGCUGCGGGAGAACGUGGAGCACCUGGCGGAGCUGCGGGCGCUGGCGGCGGAGCUGGGUGUGGCAGGGGCCGUGGCAUUCCUCCCCUCCUUCACCGACGCGCAGCGCGCGGCGCUGCUGGCCUCCGCGCGCGCGGUGCUCUACACCCCCACUGACGAGCACCUGGGCAUCCGCCUGGAAGGCCUGGUGGCCCGGCUGGCCGCCCACGAGGGCGCAGCGAGCGGGGGCGGGGGGCGGUGGCGCCAAGACGCAGUGACAUGGGACAUGCUGCCGCGCGAGGCGCGCGAUCAGGAACAUCGACCAGCAGAGUGA